CGAGGAGGCGGCUCCGGCCGGGCGGGCGGGCUCCGCCCUCCGGGUCGCGCGCCCGCUCCGCUCAAUUCCCAGAGCCUGGGUCGUGGCUCCCAGCAGUGGCGGCUCCGCACCGGGCUCGGCUCUGUGCGCAGGGCCUGGGCGGGCGGGCGGCGGCGGCGGAUCGCAGGGCGGGCGGCGGCCUGGGCCCGCCGAGCCAUGGCGGCUCCCGAGCCUGCGCCCAGGCGGGGCCGGGAGCGGGAGCGGGAGGAGGAGAGCGAAGACGAGAGCGACAUCCUGGAAGAGAGCCCGUGCGGCCGCUGGCAGAAGCGGCGGGAGCAGGUGAACCAGGGCAACAUGCCGGGCGUGCAGAGCACCUUCCUGGCCAUGGACACGGAGGAGGGCGUGGAGGUGGUGUGGAACGAGCUGCGCUUCAGCGACAGGAAGGCCUUCUCUGCACACGAGGAGAAGAUCCAGACCAUGUUUGAGCAGCUGGUGCUGGUGGACCACCCCAACAUCGUGAAGCUGCACAAGUACUGGCUGGACGCCUCCGAGGCCCGCGCGAGGGUUAUCUUCAUCACGGAGUACGUGUCGUCGGGCAGCCUCAAGCAGUUCCUCAAAAAGACCAAGAAGAACCACAAGGCCAUGAACGCGCGGGCCUGGAAGCGCUGGUGCACGCAGAUCCUGUCGGCGCUCAGCUUCCUGCACGCCUGCAGCCCCCCCAUCAUCCACGGGAACCUGACGAGCGACACCAUCUUCAUCCAGCACAACGGCCUCAUCAAGAUCGGCUCCGUGUGGCACCGCAUCUUCUCCAACGCGCUCCCCGAUGACCUUCGAAGCCCCAUCCGCGCGGAGCGGGAGGAACUGCGGAACCUGCACUUCUUCCCCCCGGAGUAUGGAGAGGUUGCUGACCGCACCGCCGUGGACAUCUUCUCCUUUGGGAUGUGCGCGCUGGAGAUGGCCGUGCUGGAGAUCCAGGCCAACGGGGACACCCGGGUCACCGAGGAGGCCAUCGCGCGGGCCAGGCACUCCCUGAGCGACCCCAACAUGCGGGAGUUCAUCCUCUCCUGCCUGGCGCGGGACCCCGCCCACAGGCCCUCUGCCCACAACCUCCUGUUCCACCGCGUGCUCUUCGAGGUGCACUCGCUGAAGCUCCUGGCAGCUCACUGCUUCAUCCAGCACCAGUACCUCAUGCCUGAGAACGUGGUGGAGGAGAAGACCAAGUCCAUGGACAUGCACGCAGUGCUGGCCGAGAUCUGCCGGCCCCCCCGGCCCCCCCUGCAGUGGCGGUACUCGGAGGUCUCCUGCAUGGAGCUGGACAAAUUCCUAGAGGACGUCAGAAACGGGAUCUACCCUCUGAUGAACUUUGCUGCUGCUCGGCCCCUGGGGCUGCCCCGCGUGCUAGCCCCGCCCCCAGAGGAGGCCCAGAAGGCCAAGACCCCCACGCCAGAGCCCUUUGACUCAGAGACCAGAAAGGUGAUCCAGAUGCAGUGUAACCUGGAGAGGAGCGAGGACAAGGCGCGCUGGCAUCUCACGCUGCUGCUCGUGCUAGAGGACCGGCUGCACCGGCAGCUCACUUACGACCUGCUCCCAACGGACAGCGCCCAGGACCUGGCAGCAGAGCUGGUGCACUAUGGCUUCCUGCACGAGGACGACCGGACCAAGCUGGCCGCCUUCCUAGAAAGCACCUUCCUCAAGUACCGCGGAGCCCAGUGACGCACAGGGAAGCGGGGCGCCAGGCCUGGGACCGGCGGCCUGGACGAGGGCCCUCCCUCCUGAGAGACCCUGGCCGUGGGGAUGGGGGCUGAGCCCACCGGCGGGGAGGGCGGCCGUGAUGUGGCCACGCCCAUUCCUGGAACCAGGAUCCCCUCACCCCACCUGCCUCCCAGCUCACCAUUCCUUCCCAUGACCCCACCCUCCAAGCUGUGGGUGCCCUUGAGGGGGGCACCACAGACCCACAGGGAGCGCCCACCUCCAGUCAAUGGUCCGGCACCUGCAGCAUCGGGCAGGUUGCAGGGCCCCCACCUGGCGGGAGGAGCAGCCAGAGACACCCAGCCCCCAGCACCACGUGGUUCUGGCGCCCCAUCCCGCCUGCAGCGCAGCCGCUCCGGAACCCUCUCUGAGCUUGCACGGCUCUGAGGCUGGGCCCUGCAGCCCCUCCAAAGGGCUCUUUUCUCUCCCACCUUCCCUGGCCUAGAGGGGUCAGGUCAGACUCCUCCCCUGCUCCUCACGGUGCCUCCUUCAAACUCACCCCCCAGGGGCCUCCCCCACCCCCGUCCUGCCCACCGCCAACCACCCCCAUUGCCCUGGACUGGCUUCUCUCGGGCCCCCUCCUCUGUUCUCAGAUGUAAACACUGACCAUUCACACUGCAUGCGUACACGUACAUGUAGUGCAUUCAGGGUUCCUUUUAGGCGUUUCAGAGGCCAACCCGGGGAAGCUCCCACCGACCAGGUGCCUGUGGCUGCUACAAGAAUCACCCAGACUUUGUGGCUACAACCCACCCAGGCGGUUGUUUCUAUAUGUCAGACGUCCGGCCCAGGCCUCGCCUGGCCACAGCCGAGGCGCCCCCAGAGCACGUCUUCCUGGAGGUUCCCGGGGAGAAUCCGGGUUCUCUUCCCUCAGGUUGGGGUUUGGCUUGCGGGGUGAGGCAUGGCAUGCGCUGGGCGCUGGGCAGGCAUUCAUUUCCUUGCAGCGGCAGGGCCAAGGCCCCGUGCUUGGCUGGCUGUGAACUGCAGGCCGAGCUCAGCUUCCAGAGGCUGCCACAUUCCUUGGCUCGUGGCCCCAGCCUCCACCUUCAAAGCCAGAAACAGCGGCCAAGUCCUUCUCGUGAACCACCUGUCUGGUUUUCUGCAGCCAGAAAAGCUCCAUGUAAUUAGGCUGAGUCCCCCGGACAGUCUCCCCAUCUCCGGGCCCUUCUGCCGUGGGCAGGAGCAUCCACAGGGGCCGGGGAUUAGGGCACGGGCACCUUCGGGGGGAGGGGAGAGUCAUUAUUCCACCUGCCGCGUCGCCCGAACCAAAGCCCAAGACAAAACCAACCAAGGCACAUCCAAGACAUUAAGUGUGCAGAUACGGUGGCUCUCCAGUCAUAAACAUUUCACUCCGCAAAACUAUUUGAAUUCUCACACCCUUCACCCUGAAAUUACAAAUCUGAAAUAACGUACAUGCCUCGUUGGAAACCCUGACGCUAAGCUGUCUGAUCCACAUCAUCUUAAACAGUUUGAUGUCAGCGGAGUAACAGAUUGUACCAGCGAUUAAACCGGACGCCGACUCCCCUUACUGCCACUGCCUCCUUUAGUCGAGCCUACGUUGAGGUUUUCGUUUUAACGUUUAUCAAAGUUAUACGCAUAUUAUUUUAAAAAGUAAAGUGGUUUUUUUAGGCGAAUAAUAAUAAA